UUUUCAUUUCCAGUUCGACCAUGGAGUUCGCGUUUGUACUAAUGGUGCUGGCCUGCAACUACAUUGAGGGCAAUCUCGUUGGAAGGAACAGCAGUGACCACACUGAAGUUACAAAGGAGAAUGCGACGAACGCAACGACUUCGGCGCACUUCGCAGCUGUCACCCCUCUUGAGAGAAGGAUGCUUGAUGGAAGUGCAGAUUCCCGUGAAAGACGCAACUACGAUUCUCAAACUGAACCAGUGCGUGCAUAUGGUAUGCGUGUAUCUGGUAUUGAAAAUGGGGACGGAGACGAUGAUACCAGUAAGGAUGAUGAUGAUGGUAAACCACUUGAUGACGAUACAGGUUUCUAUGAUGGACCACUUGAUGAAGGCGUCGAUGAUUUUAGUAGCAAAGCCAGUACCGUUCAUUUGCACUUCACUGCCAUGUCCCCCAAAUCUAGAGCUAUCGUUAGUAGAAUGCUUUCGCUUCUCAGCGAAGAGGUGGGAAAAUUUGAGGGUGGAUCAUCCGGCUUUGGCUCUAAUGAUGCUGAAUCCGAUGUACGCAAGAAAGCUCCAUGUACCAGAAAACAUUUGCAUCUUGCGGUUGAAGAGUUGAAAUGGGGAUGUCGUGGUGUCAUGGAGUUUUACGACAAGGUAUGCAAGAAAGAUUACGCUAACUGUAUCCGUAGAAGGAAAAAACGAAGAUGUAUACCGCAGUGA